GUGCAUACAAGUACUUAUACCGGUAAAUUUUGGUGCUAAAAAAUUCAAAGUAAAAUAUACGUAAAUCAUGGCAACAAUAAGAUUACUUAGGCAAAAUAAAUUUAUUAUUCCGUGUGGGAAGCGAAAAUCCGCUGUCAAUCAUGUGCAGCAGGUCAGGAAACACUCGGAGUUGGCUUCCGAAGCCAUUGUCAAAUUCUCCAACGGGAAAAUAAUGACAUUCUCCACUGGAAAAUUAGCCAGGAUGGCUGAUGGCUCUGCAGUUGCAACCCUAGGAGACACAUCGGUCAUGGUCACAACAGUCAGCGAGUCUCAAUCACUGGGAUCAUCUUCUUUUGUACCAUUGACUGUAGAUUAUAAACAGAAAGCUUCUGCAGCUGGUCGUAUUCCAACAAAUUUUUUCAGAAGAGAAAUAGGCCGCACAGAGCACGAAGUACUGACAAGUAGAUUGAUCGACAGAUCAAUGCGCCCACUGUUUCCUAACAAUUAUAAUUAUCAGACUCAAGUGAUGUGUAAUAUGCUCGCCCUUGAUGGAACUAAUGAUCCAGAUGUACUAUCGAUUAAUGGGGCAUCUGCUGCAUUAGCUGUAUCUGACAUUCCUUGGAAUGGACCCAUUGGUGCUGUUAGAGUUGGCUUCGUGGACAAUGAGAUCUUGAUCAAUCCAACUCGCCAUGAAUUGCAACAGAGUUCCUUAAAUUUGAUAGUGACAGCAGCUCAGCAAAAUUUAGUUAUCAUGCUUGAAGGCUCGGCUAACAAUAUUUUGUUGCAAGAUCUGAUGAAAGCAGUGAAAGUGGGUGUCAAAGAGUGCCAAAAUAUAAUCCAUGCAAUUCAGAAUCUUCAAAAGAAAUCCGGCAAACCAAAGAGGACAGUCGAACCACCGGCAGAGCUAUCACCUGAAGUUUUGAAUACUUUGAAAUCUCUGUCGGAAACAGCGAUUCAUGACGUUUUUACUAAUUACAAACAUGACAAAUUUUCUCGAGAUAAAGCUCUAAGUGAUAUAAAAAAUGAUGUGUUAAAUAAAAUGAAAGAAAACGAUUCCGAAUUGAAUGUAUCUUUAGCUACCGCAGCUUUCAGUGAAUUAUCCAAAAACAUAUUCAGAUCUUUGAUAUUUAAAAAUAAUAUCAGAUGUGAUGGGAGAAAGUUAACUGAUGUAAGAGAUAUAAAAUGCCAAGUGGAUUUGUUCAAGCCACUUCAUGGAUCAGCAUUGUUUCAAAGGGGCCAAACUCAAGUUCUUUGUACCGUGACCCUCGAUUCUCCAGACAGUGCCUUAAAAAUGGACACCAUGACAAUGUUAACCAGCGGUAUCAAAGAAAAGAACUUUUUCCUACACUAUGAGUUUCCACCUUAUGCUACUAAUGAAACUGGAAGAAGCGGCCCCUUAAAUAGAAGAGAAAUGGGCCAUGGGGCAUUGGCUGAAAGAGGUUUACGUGCCGUGAUUCCAGAUGACUAUCCUUUUACGAUAAGAUUGACGAGCGAAGUAAUGGAAUCAAACGGCUCUUCAUCAAUGGCAUCUGUUUGCGGCGGAAGUAUGGCUCUUAUGGAUGCCGGUGUACCUGUUUCAGCUCCCGUUGCUGGCAUUGCUAUGGGAUUAAUCACAAAUUACGAGAAAGACACCAAACACAUGCACGACUACCGAAUUUUAACUGAUUUACUGGGCAUAGAAGACUAUCUAGGUGAUAUGGAUUUCAAAAUAGCUGGCACAAGGAAAGGUAUAACGGCAUUACAGGCUGACAUAAAAAUCGCCGGUCUUCCAUUAAAAAUCGUCAUGGACACUCUCGAGCAGGCUCACGAGGGCAGGUCCCAUAUUAUAAAUAUUAUGAAUAAGGAGAUAUUAAGUCCGCGAAAAGAGAAAAAGAAUAAUAUGCCGGUGACCGAGACUAUCAAUAUUCCUGCUCACCUCAGAGGAAAGCUUAUGGGAGUUGGUGGUAGUAACAUCAAAAAGAUAUUCCUCCAAACUGGAGUACACGUGAACUACCAAGAAGAUUCCCAAUUCGUUUUAUUCGCGCCGAAUCAAACAGCAAUGAACGAAGCUAAGGAAAUCGUAGAUGAAUUAACCAAGCAUCAACGCGAGCCAACACUAGAAUUCGGAGGCAUUUACACUGCAACAAUCGUUGAGAUAAAGGACAUUGGGGUGAUGAUUACGCUGUAUCCGGGCAUGCAGCCAACGCUGCUUCAUAAUACUCAGCUGGACCAAAGACAAGUUAACCAUGCCAGUGCACUUGAUAUGCAAGUUGGCCAAGAAAUUCAAGUCAAGUACUUUGGUAGAGAUCCGGUGUCCGGUUCUAUGAGGAUAUCACGUAAAGUUCUUCAGACGACGAACGUUGCUAUGAAAAACUUUAGUAAUCGUUCGACGUUAAUUCAACAAGCAAAAUAAUAACAACUCAUACUAUAGUUACAAAAAAAAAACUAUUAAAACGUGUAAUUAUAUUAGAUUUAUCAGUUGUGUAAAUAUUACGAUUUCAUGUAAAUU